GGCUUUCUCUCGCCUUCUCGCGACACGCUUCCCCCCUCGUGUUUCCGCUGUAUCCCAUUGCCCCCAGAGUAGCCCCGGCUCAUACUCCUCCCCGCCCACGGCCCGCCGCAUGGGUGGGCGAGUGCGAGGAGACUGACGGACGACUUUCCCUUGGCGGCGUGCAGUGCAGCAACAAGGUGGGCUCGUACUCCCCCCCGCCCGCCACGUGGGUGGGCGCGUGCGAGGAGACGGACGAUUUCCCCGUGACGGCGUGCAGCAACAAGGUGGUGGGCGCGCGGUGGUUCAUAGCGGGCAUGCAGAAGGAGAGCAAGGGGCAGGUCGAGAUGUUUGGCGACUACCUGUCGCCAAGGGACGCCCAGGGCCAUGGCACGUGGUGUGCGGGGUGCGUGCGAGAAGGGGGGGUGUGGGGAAGCGGGGAGGGGGGAGGGGUGGAAGGGGGAGGGGGGGAGGGAGGGAGAGGGAAAUGGGGGAGAUGUGUAAAGGGCAUGUGGGGGGUUGGGGCAACAGCAGGGGCGGCGGGGGUGCCUCUGGGCGACACGGGGGAGACAGCAAGCGGCAUGGCGCUGUGUGCACGCAUUGCUGCCUACAAGGUGUUUUGGCGCAGCAGGGGGCAGGUGUGGGCGACAGAGGCAGACAUAGCAGCAGCGGUGAAUUCACUGCACAGCACUUACCCCACCUGCCUCCACUUCCCUUUCAACCCCUCCCCUCUCACCCCUCUCCUCCCAUUCCCACCCAUCCCCUUCCCCCCUCCCAACCUCGCCCCUCCACAACCCCCCCCCUUCCUUCCCUUUACUCCCCACAGGGCAGCAGCAGGGGCGGCGGGGGUGCCUCUGGGCGACACGGGGGAGACAGCAAGCGGCAUGGCGCCCCGUGCACGAAUCGCCGCCUACAAGGUGUUUUGGCGCAGCAGGGGGCAGGUGUGGGCGACGGAGGCGGACAUAGCAGCGGCGGUGAAUGCGGCGGUGGCGGACGGAGUGGAC